AUGGCAAGUGGGCUUGAUGAGAGUGAGAUCAAUGCAAUCCAAGAAGCAGAACUGAAAUCUUCGUAUGACAGCCUCCACAAGUACCGUGAUAUCUGCACAAGCAAAGGGGUCAAGGAAGAAAAUGUGGACGUAUCAAUAAUCUCAGGACAUGGUGUUGGUGAAGGGAUAGUGGAACUCAUCUAUCGAAACAACAUCAAGAAGCUCGUUAUGGGAGCAGCAGCUGAUCCUCACUAUUCCAGGGGAAUGUCUGUCACAUCUAGAAAAGCAGAGUAUGUGAGUCAACAUGCACCUCGCUGCUGUAAGAUGUGGUUCAUCUGCAAAGGGAAACUCAUCAAGAAAAGAGAAGGGAGGUUCGACCUUGGGAAUCCAUCAGAUUCAUUCUCAGAAGAAUUCUAUGAUUCGGCUCAGGAACAUAGCAAAGGAAGAAGAAGGGAUGAACCUGAAAACGAGUCACAUAAAGAACCUUCAGAACCCGAGGAGGUAUCACCAAAGAAAGUAAGGAAGGAACAUGAUGAUACAAAAAGGAACGGGAGCGAUGCAGACUCGAGCCCAUGUCCUGUUUCCGACAAGCCUCCCGAAGACUUUCUCUGUCCCAUUUCAAUGGAGAUCAUGCGAGAUCCCCGUGUGGCAGCUGAUGGCCACACCUACGAGGCAGAGGCAAUCAACACUUGGAUAAGGAGGGGAGGCCAAAACUCGCCAAAGACAGGGGCUAGGCUCGCCAGUCACACUCUUACCCCUAAUUACACCCUUCGUUCAGUCAUCAACGAGUGGCUGCAGCAGCACCCAAAUUAUCAACAUUGAUUAUAUAUUAACCUAGGAUGAAUAAAAAAUAAGAUACAUGUCGAUUAUCUUUUGAUUUUUGGGAGUUUCUUCUUUGUGAGAAAAACAAAAUAUAUGCUAUCAAACUUCUGUA